AUGACCGUGCCGCUGCUGAAGAUCGGCGCCGUGCUCAGCACCAUGGCCAUGGUCACCAACUGGAUGUCCCAGACGCUGCCUUCUCUCGUGGGGCUGAAUGGCACCAUCUCCCAGGCCGGCACCUCCGAGAGAAGCACUCUCUUCCAAAGCCCAGAUGAAGGUUGGCAGGUCUAUACGUCAGCUCAGGCUCCCGAUGGCAAAUGUCUGUGCACAGCAGUCAUCCCUGUUCAGGGCACCUGCUCGCGAGACUUGCGCAGCCGGCAACUACGGCAGCUCAUGGAGAAACAGGUACAAAACAUCUCCCAAUCCAUGGAAGUGCUGGAUCUUCGGACCUACCGGGAUUUGCAAUAUGUCCGUAAUACAGAAUCGUUGAUGAAAGGACUGGAUUCUAGGCUGAAAGUGGCCACUGAGGGUCAAAAAAAUCUGAAUGUCAAAAGUUUCCAGGAGCUCAAGGACAAAAUGACGGAACUGAUGCCUCUUAUUCCUGUAUUGGAUCAGUAUAAGUCUGACACUCGCACCAUCGUGCAGCUCAAAGAGGAAGUGAGAAACCUUUCAGGCAGCUUGCUUCAGAUCCAGGAAGAGAUGGGUGCCUAUGACUACGAGGAACUCCAACAACGAGUGCUGAUUUUGGAAGCUCGGUUGCAUGCUUGCAUGCAGAAGUUAGGUUGUGGAAAACUCACUGGAAUAAGCAACCCCAUUACUAUCCGAGCAUCUGGAUCCAGAUUUGGCUCUUGGAUGACAGACACCAUGGCUCCAAGUUCUGACAGCCGGGUGUGGUAUAUGGAUGGCUAUUACAAAGGCCGCCGUGUCCUUGAGUAUCGUACCCUGAAUGACUUCAUCACAGGGCAAAAUUUUGUCCAGCACUUGCUGCCUCACCCUUGGGCAGGCACUGGCCACGUGGUUUUCAACGGAUCCCUCUACUACAACAAGUAUCAGAGCAACAUUGUGGUGAAGUACCAUUUCCGUUCACGGAGUAUUGUUGUACAACGCAGCCUCAACACGGCUGGCUACAACAACACAUUCCCAUAUUCCUGGGGUGGUUUCUCUGACAUCGACUUCAUGGUGGACGAGAAUGGACUCUGGGCAGUUUACACCACCAACCAAAAUGCUGGCAACAUUGUGGUGAGCAGGAUGGACCCCAUGACACUGGAGAUACUACGCAGCUGGGACACUGGCUACCCCAAGCGGAGCGCAGGAGAAUCCUUCAUGAUUUGCGGGACCCUCUAUGUGACAAAUUCACACCUGGCUGGGGCAAAAAUCUAUUUUGCCUACUACACAAACACUUCUAGCUAUGAGUACACAGAUAUUCCCUUCCACAAUCAAUAUUCCCACAUAUCCAUGUUGGACUACAAUCCCCGGGAGAGAGUUCUCUACACCUGGAACAAUGGCCACCAGGUCAUCUACAAUGUGACUCUCUUCCAUGUUAUCAAGACUUCAGGGGAAUUAUAA